AUGGAGGAAACCGAAGGACCGGCGGAGUUCUAUGACACGGAAACAGCGCUACUGUUGGAGAACGCCGUGCGCUAUUGGGACCUUUUCUACAAACGUAACACUGAUCACUUUUUUAAAGACAGGGCGUGGCUCGCUAAGGAACUUCCCGAGAUAGCAGCAGCCUGCACCGCAGCGGAGAAAAGUGGUGCUGAAGAGCAUCCACUUCUAGUGGAUGUGGGAUGCGGAGUGGGUAACGCCUUAAUUCCUAUUUUGACGGCAAAUCCACGACUGCACGGCGUGGCUUUCGAUUGCUCGCCGAGGGCUGUCUCCAUCUUGCAGGAACGGUGGGCUGCCAUCUGCGCUGGGCAACAGGAUCAGCGCCUCAGUGAAUGCAGCAACGGUGGCUCUUGCAGUAGUGGUGGCGGUGAAAGAGUUACACAACUUCCGCAGAUAGAAAGCUUAAAUAAGGAAAGCACCCAGAGAGAGGCGGCUGCCAGUAGAUCGUCCGCAUGCACGGGGUCUGCUGUUGCGCCAGUUGCAUUCCUUGGUGCAGAGCCUGCUGCAUCUAUUGCAGCAAGCUCCGCAACGCCGGGCAUAGAAAGUCCUGCAGCAUGUGUAUUAGCAGUCGGUGGGGCGAACGCUGCAGCCACACCGGCAGCAGCUUCUGGGAAGCCUCCAGCAGCGGCUGCAGUCGAAGCUGUGUCUCGUGGUGCGGCUUUAUUGUUUAAGCACCCUUGUGGCCAGCUGCGCACAGUUGCAGCUUUUGACAUAACAGCGGGAGAGGUGCCUCCACAAAUAGCAGCACGAAACAGUGCAGAAUUUGUGCUGCUGAUCUUCGUGCUGAGCGCUAUGCAUCCAAAGCACCACAGGGACGUCGCCAGGCGCUGUGCGCAGUUGUUGAAGCCUGGCGGGAUGGUGUUGUUUAGAGACUACGCGCGGCUUGAUAUGGCGCAGCUGAGAUUUGCGGAGCAGAAGAAACCGAAAGUUGCUUCAAAUCUUUAUGCGAGAUAUGACGGCACCCUUGCCUACUAUUUCUCGAAAGAAGAGGUUGAGGAGCUUUUUAGUAAGGAGGCGGGGCUUGAGGUCUGUGAAAACAGGUGGGACUAUGGCAAUAGCGCUGUUAAUGGGUGGGAUCGGGGCUAG